AUGUUAAGUUCGCGUUAUUAUAGUGCCUCGCGACUGGGUACGGAUGCGAAGCCGCGAACUGCUAUGGUAGUUGACGAGGAUGACGAGUUGUACGCAGGAUUCAAUGAGGUGGCUCCCGCACUGGACACUCGCAACCUGCGAGAAGACCAUGACUUCCAGGAGACACUGCGGACGACCGCCAUCGGAAGGAAACUGCCCAGCAGAAUGGGUACCGGGAUGAUGCGUAUGGGCACGGUGAGUGUCCGUGCAACCAGUUCCCGCGCAGGUACUGCGGCGCGGCCUGUCACUGCCGUACGAGCUGCAGGUUAUACAUCUACUACCAGAGAAGUGCCCACCAGGGACGAUGUUAAGGAGGAUAGUAUCGAGGAACGAGUAAAACAAAUGGAGGCUCGCAUAAUGACGCUGGUUGAAGAGUCAUGUAUGCUCAGUGCACGUUCAGACCCUGAUGACGAUACUGCACCAAAGAAAGAGCUCGACUUAGGACAGGCUCUGGCCAAAGCACAAGAAGCAUCAACGUUGGAACGACAGUUGAUUCGAAUGCAAGAACAAGCUAAUCUUGGUGAUACACAUAACUUGGAUCUUACUUUUGCUGUGCUCUGCAAUUUGGCGGGACAGUACGCGCUAAAUGAGAUGUAUACCGAGGCUUUAAACACGUACCAACUGCUCACCAGAAAUAAACUAUUCCCUCAUGCCAAUCGACUGAAGGUGAAUAUGGGGAACAUCUACUUCAAAAUGGGUGAACACCCAAAAGCUUUAAAGUUGUACAGAAUGGCUCUAGAUCAAACACCAACAGCUGAGAAGGAUUUGAGAAUGAAAGUGAUGCACAACAUAGGCCUCCUAUUAGUACGCAUGGGAAAGUUCCGCGACGCUGUGACAAAUUUUCAACAUAUCAUGCAUGAACAAGGAGAUUUUCAGACUGGUUUACACUUAGUGCUAUGUUCGGUGGCGUUGAACGACGCUGAAGGUGCCAAAGCGGCAUUUCACGCCAUGCUGGACGUGGAGCCGCCCACAUUUCACCAAGAUAUUAAUAUUGAUGACGAAAAUGAUGCAUACGAGUGCGUGGUCCGCGACGUGGUGCGUGGCGACCGCCUGUCGCGGUGGUCGCGGCGCGGCGCGGCCCACGCCGAGCGAUGUCUGGCGCUCGCUGCCGCCGCCGCCGCCAUGCAGCGCCCGGGCUCCAGGGGACCGGACUCUGGCGGUAUGUCAUGGUGUGUGGAGGCAUUACGGGGCUACAGCGGCGGCGCGGCGGGCGCUCGCCUGGAGCUGGGCGCCGCGCUGGCUGCACUGCGCACGCGCGCCACGGGGCCCGCCAGCGGCCCGGGGGGCCCCGGGGGCCCGGCGGGGGGCGCGGGGCCCGGCGGAGUGGGGGCCGCACAGCGCGCCGUGCAGCGACUGAAGGCCGUGGCCCGCGCACACCCACAUGACCGCGUACUGCGCGCUGAGGCCAAUACUGAUGCUGCCUUCGUGGCUUAUGCGCUGGGCAACUGGUCGGAAGCUCGUCAGCUGAGUGAGGCAGCGUCCCGCGACGACCCGUACUCGUGCGCGGCGCGAGUGACGGCGGCGCUGGGCGCGGCGCGCGCGGCGGGCGCCGGGCUCGCCUGGAGGGACGCCGCCGACCUUCUCACCGCCGCCACACAUCUAGACCCUGCUGAUCUCAUCGCUGCGCAUGAUCUGGCUCUAGCGUUAGAGCGGAGUGGAGACGAAAGUGCGCUGGAGGGCGCAAUAGCUCGUUGGUCGUUAGUACGUAACGCGAGCGGCGCGGGCGCCACGCUGCGGGCGCUGGCCGGCGCCGGCCUGGCGCGGGCGCACCAUACUACUCACGACGCCAGCGCUGCAGACCACUGGUACAGUCUCAUCGGCAACUUCGAUAUUGGAGUAACCUGUGCGCUUGCACAACUGCACAGCGAGAUGGGCGACACCCAAACUGCCAAGCAUCACUAUCAAGAUGUGGAAGCAGUGUGGCCAUGUGACCUGUCUGCGCUGGAGUGGUUGGCGAGUGAGGCGCCGCCCGACGUGGCGCUGCAGUACUACCGCCGCGCUGCCAGGCUGCAGCCUAACAAUCCACAAUGGGGGUUGCUGACGGGAGCGUGUUUGCGCGCGAGCGGACGGUAUCAAGAAGCACUGUCUCUGUACAAGAAGAUGAACACACGGUUCCCUGACAACGUCCAAUGUCUGAAGUUGAUAGUAAAGCUGUGCGGUGAUCAGGGCCUCUCAGAGACUGCGUCUUGGACCCGAGAACUUCAACGUGCACAAGCGAGAGUGAAACAAAAAGAACAAGUAUCAGUUACGUCAGCCGGAAGUAUCUCCUCGGGGGCCAGUCAAUCACCUAUAGACCAAAUCAGAGGCGGUGGUCGCGUGGACAGUGCGGCGGGCCCCGCGGCCUCGCGCCGCUCCAGCGACACCCGCCCCGACAGUGCGCUCAAUAGGACAUACACGUAUUCAGCCACGUCGAACCAGGAUGGUUUGCAACCGGUGAACAGGUCUAUAAACCGUUCGGAAGCCAAGAAGAAACAUAUCGAUGAAUUUGAUGAUGACCUGCCACUGCCACCUGAGUGA